AUGAGGUACAAACGGAUCGGUGUAAUCGGCGCGUUUCUGAUCGCGAUUGUAUGCCUGCUAUCAGGCCUCAUGUACUAUUUUAAUCAAGAUACUUGUCCUGUGGGAACAUUUCUCUGUUUCAACACUACUAUAUGUUUACCCCAAAGAAAUUGGUGCGAUCAAGAAACGCAAUGUCCUUUCGGCGAGGACGAACAGAGUUGCUGUAUGUUUAUCAUCUAAUACUUUUACAUUCUUCUCGCAUUGUGCCAAUGCACGGUAUCGUAAAAGAAUGUUUCUUUGUACCCAGAUGAUUAUCACGGUGUAUUGGACUGGUUUGGCAGCGACAGAGAUUCCGUAAGGGAUGCAGUAAGAGAAUCCGUUUGCGAUGCUACUAACAUUACCGUUGGAUGCAUGUACGUGAAGUGCCGCGCAACCUGUGAGAGAUACACGGAAAUACCGCAGAACCUAUCUUCCGAAAUUACCUCCAUGACACUAUACGAUAGUUCGAUUAAGCACGUGCCAAUGGGUGCCUUCGCAGCGUAUCCCGAAAUUCGCAUUUUGUAUCUCGACAGCACUGGUAUAAGUGUAAUAGAUAAAGGCGCUUUCACUAAUUUAACCAAAUUAAUCUGGCUAGCUUUGGACCAUAAUGAGAUCAGGGAAUUACUACCAGGACACUUUGCUGGUUUAAUUAACUUGGAAUCUCUCAGAGCAAAUAAGAACAAAAUCGCUGUGGCAGACUUCUCAGAUUUAGAAGGAAGCAAUACUCUGCAGUUUAUAAAUUUAAACGAAAACCAAUUGACUUCGAAAACACUGAAAUUGCCAUAUUUACCGGCGCUAAAUGAAAUGAGUAUGCAGAAGAACAAGAUAAAGACAAUCGAGGCAGAUACCUUCCGAAAUCUGGAGCAACUGAUCGAACUUAAUUUGGCGUUCAACAACAUAACGACCGUCCCGUUGAAUGUGUUCCAGCCGUUAAAAAAUCUGACCAGGCUACAAUUGGGUUACAAUGGUCUGCACAAUUUACCGAUGGCGGUGCUGAGUCCUUUGACAAAACUUUACUCCCUUGACCUCGAGGGCAUCAAUUUGGACAUUCUGGAGAAAAACGCGUUCGACGUAUUCAGGCAAUUGGACUUUGUGUAUUUCAAGAAGUUUCACUACUGCGCAACCUACGCGCCGAAAGCAAAACGGUGUAGACCUACCAGUGACGGUGUUUCAUCAUUGUCACAUUUACUCGACAAGACUUUACUACGAGCAGCAGUGUGGGUAAUAUCAUGCGUUACUUGUAUGGGCAAUGUGUUGGUUCUUUGGGGAAGAAUCACCGCCAAGGAUGAGAAUCGUGUACUAACGAUUAUCAUUAGGAAUUUGGCUGUAUCCGACAUGUUGAUGGGGAUAUAUCUAUUGAUAAUCGCCCUGGCUGAUAUGAUAUUCCGCGACAAUUACAACCAAGUUGCCAGUUCAUGGAUGUCUUCUUGGUCAUGUACACUCGUGGGGAUCUUGGCAAUGACAUCUUUGGAGGUUUCAGUAUUGAUCCUGUCGUUCAUGUCCCUGGAGCGAUAUAUGCUAAUCGCGGCACCACUCAAAGGUCACCGUACAAUGACACCGCAAACGGCAUCCGCGUCAAUGAUCAUCAUUUGGAUCAUAGGAAUUACUCUUGCUCUUGUACCAGUGAUUCACUGGCGAAGCAGUACGAGGUUUUACGGCGUAAAUGGAAUGUGUUUCCCUCUGCACAUUGACGAUCCGUAUUUAAUUGGAUGGGAAUAUUCAGCAUUCAUCUUCUUGGGAUUGAAUCUUACCGGGUUGAUAACGAUUGGAUACGUUUAUGCGGGCAUGUUUGUAAGCAUUUGGAAAACAAGACACGCUUGUUCCUUGUCUGUUGGCGAUUCAGAAUUUGCCUUAAGGUUUUUCUUGAUCGUAUUAACGGACGCGGCUUGUUGGGCACCGAUCAUCAUUCUCAAGAUUAGAGCUAUGAUGAAUUAUCCUAUUCCAGCGGAUCUUCAUGCCUGGGUGGUGGUUUUCAUACUUCCUGUAAACAGCGCAGUUAAUCCGUUAUUAUACACAUUUACCACCCCUAAAUUUCGAGAAAGAUUAAGCGAUGGAUGGUUUGGAAAAGUACGCGAUUAUGUGACCAGGAAACCUUCUACCGAAAACUCUCACGGAUCCACGUCGAUGAGCAGCAAAAAUAUAAUGCUGUCUCUAUCAAGCGGAAAUAACUGCGAAAAUAAGAUACCUCCCCUGCUUACAUUCAACAGCGAGAAGAACAAGGCUCAGAAACAUGACCAUAUUUCAUAAAUGUCAUAGAAUUAGUUUUUUGUUGCUCAGAAAUUCGAAAGGGCAAUCUUGUUAAUAGAGAUUAACAAGAUUAACUAGAUUAAAAAUUACGCUUUUCAACUCGUUACCCAAAAAUUACGUAAAUCAAAUUAAGAUUAGAACUUUAGAUAGAUAAGUUUUACAUAUGAUAUUAGUAUACGAAUACUCUACUGUUACAGUAUUAUAUAUUAUAUCCAGACAAUUAUCGUAAGAGAAACAUUCUUUCAUAGUUGAAUAAAAUUUGUGAUAAACGAUUACACUGAA